AUGGCUGAUUUCCAACCCUACAUCAUACUUUUCCUCAUUUGGCUAGUGUCCCUUAUUUUGGUCAGAAGAAUCUUCACCAAGAGCCGGACCACCUCACGUCUCCCACCAAGCCCAAUGGCCCUUCCUAUCAUUGGGCACCUCCACCUCCUUGCACCAAUACCUCACCAGGCUCUUCACAAACUUUCAACCAAAUAUGGACCCUUAAUGCAUGUCCUGCUUGGCUCUGUCCCUUGUGUUGUGGCUUCCACCCCAGAAAUGGCAAAAGAGUUCCUUAAAACUCACGAGUCGUCUUUCUCCAACCGUCCAAAAACAGCUGCUGUUGACUACCUUACAUAUGGCUCAGCAGAUUUCUCCUUUGCUCCCUACGGACCGUACUGGAAGUUCAUGAAGAAAAUUUGCAUGUCUGAACUACUUAGUGGUCGAAUGCUAGACCAGUUUCUUCCGGUUAGACGCGAAGAACUAAGGCAGUUUUUGCAGUUCCUGAUGAAAAAAGUAAAUGCAAGUGAAAAGGUGGAUGUUGGAGGAGAGCUUGUAAGGCUAACAAAUAAUAUUGUAUCAAGAAUGACAAUGAAUCAAACAUGUUCCAAUGAUGAAGAUGAAGCCGAAGAAGUGAGGAAGUUGGUUCAAGCAAUAGCUGAGCUCUCAGGGCAGUUUAAUUUGUCAGAUUUUAUCUGGUUCUGUAAGAAUUUGGAUUUGCAAGGGAUGAAUAAAAAGCUCAAGGAGGUUCGUGAUAAGUUUGAUGCAAUGAUGGACAAAAUAAUAAGGGAGCAUGAAGAAGCGAGGAAGAGAAAGGAGGAUGGAGGUGAUGCGGUGAAAGAUCUACUUGAUAUUUUACUUGAUAUAUCAGAAGAUGAAAGCUCAGAGAUGAGAUUGACUAGAGAAAACAUAAAGGCAUUCAUCCUGGACAUAUUUGCAGCUGGAACCGACACAUCUGCUGUUACUACAGAAUGGGCGCUUGCUGAGCUUAUCAAUCAUCCUAAUAUAAUGGAGAAAGCAAGAGCAGAGAUUGAUAUUGUUGUAGGAAGGAACAGAAUAGUAGAAGAAUCAGAUACCACCAAUCUCCCCUACCUUCAAGCUAUAGUAAAGGAAACACUAAGGCUUCACCCCACUGGCCCCAUGAUUGUGAGGGAGUCAAGUGAACACUGUACUGUUGGAGGUUAUGACAUUCCGGCAAAGACCCGACUCUUCGUUAAUGUGUGGGCCAUAGGUCGGGACCCUUAUCACUGGGAGAAUCCACUUGAAUUUUGCCCAGAGAGGUUUGUCAGCAUAGAGGAAAGUGGAAAAAGUCAACUGGAUGUAAGGGGACAGCAUUUUCAUCUUUUGCCAUUUGGGAGUGGAAGAAGAUCAUGCCCUGGAACAUCACUAGCAUUGCAAGUUGUUCAGACAAGUCUUGCUGCUAUGAUUCAAUGCUUUGAUUGGAAGGUUAAUGGAGCAGAUGGUACUGUUGACAUGAAGGAAGGACCUGGACUGACCCUUCCACGGGCUCAUCCCUUAAUCUGUAUCCCUGUACCUAGGCUAAAUCCAUUUCCCUCGUUCUGA